GGUUCUUCAUCAUUAUGGUUUGUUUUCACCGUCUUCUGGUCGUCUCUCUCCCCCAUAUGAGCUUUUGCUUGUAUUGUUGUUAACCGGUGGUUCGUCAACCACACCUUUGACUUCCUUGGAAUGUUUCUUCUUGUUGGAAUCCAUGUAUCACUGCCAGAAAAUCUUUGGAGAAGCAAAAGCAGCAAAUUGCGUGACUAAAAAGUAUGACUUUGUAUUAUAAAGGACGGCUACACGUGGAAGUCUUCCUAACAACAUGAACGACCGGUGCUUUUGUGCUCAGCAUUUUAAAUAUUUUUAUUGUUUAUUAUUUCUUUUCUUGUUCUUAAUUUUGUCUUUAAUGGUGGAAUUAGUUGAAAAUUAAGGCCUUCAUUUCCGAAAUGGCAAAGGCAACCGGGAAGCGGUGGAACAGAAGAUAACGGAAUUUGAUACAAUCUCCAAGGACUCUUAAAUUUGAAAUUGAAUACGCGUUACGGCGUUGCCGCGUUAUUUUCUAGGAUUCUCCUAAAAAUAAGAAAAAAGGAGGUCCUUCCUAUUUUACCUUAGAAUUUCCGAAGAAGAAAAUCAGUAAAAAGCCAUAGUGUCUGACAACUAAAAAACCCAAUCGGCAAACGGAACCACAUCAUGUUUCUAUGUGAGCUAAUGUUCUGUUUGGUUCGCAAGAAAAUAGGAAAAUAUAUCAGGUUUUUAAAAACCUCCAUGGGUAAAAUAGAAAAGACACUUAAAUGCCGUGUUAACUUUCUGAGUCCGGCCGGUCAGUGGCCCUGGUCAGAACCAGGGGCCCCACUGUGUCCCAGAAGCAUUAAUUUAAAAAAAAAAUAAUAAAAAGAAUCGUUGUUGGAGCUCACGAGUGUGUAGAUCUCUGCCAAAUGUUGGGUCUCCGACGAUCUGUCAGUUCUCAACCUCACGAGCCAAUCGCUUCAUGCCACGUUCCCCAAAGUGCUUUUGAUCCAGUACUUUCCCUCACUUAGUUCCUGUUCUACUCCCAAAAACCCUAAACCCUGAUCACUCUCCAUUUUCAAGCACAACUAGCUCAGUUCUAAUCGCUUUUUCCUAAUCACUUUGAUUCUAAUAACUUUUUCCUAGUUCUAAAGCCUCAAAUUUCUCAAAGCUUCAAUUUCCGACGAUUCUCGCAGCUGUUGGCGAGCUCAUAAAGCUCAUAGCGUCUUCAUGUUUCGAGUAGAGUGAGGUCGAAGAUGUUGAAGUUGUGUGUAUUGCUAAGUUUUCUUCUUUUGAUGAUGAUGGUGGGUCACACAGGGUCGCAUUUGACCUCCGGACCGCACAUUGCAGAUGUGAAUAUACUUUUGCCUCCAAGGAUGACCAACCCUGUGGAGUAUAGGCUUCAAGGAAGUGACGGUUGCUUCAAAUGGUCCUGGGAUCAUCAUGAUAUUCUAUCUGUGAUACCCGAAUAUAAUUCUACUAGUCACUGUUCAACAAGUGCCCGGUUGAGAUCUAUUGCUCCUUAUACCGGCCGAAAGGAGACUGCUGUUUAUGCUGCUGAUGUACAAACUGAAACUGUUAUCCGCUGUAAAGUUUUCAUUGAUAACUUUUCCAGAAUUCAGAUAUUUCAUAGUUCUGUUAAACUCGACUUGGAUGGACUUGCCACUCUCCGCGUCCGUGCCUUUGAUGAUGAAGAAAAUGUUUUUUCGUCGUUGGUGGGCUUACAAUUUAUGUGGCAGCUGAUGCCUGAAAACAAUGGGUUGCCAAAUCACCUUGUUCAUGUUCCGUUGAAGGACUCUCCACUGAGUGACUGUGGUGGUUUAUGCGGAGACCUUGAUAUCCAAAUAGAACUUGAAGAUAGUGGUGUAUUUUCUGAUCUCAAUGUUGUUAGAGGAAUUGAAAUUGGCCAUGAGAUUGUUUCAGUGCGGCUGCUUGAGCCACAAUUUAAGCACUUGUCUGAUAAGAUCAUUCUUACUGUGGCAGAAGCCAUGUCACUUGACCCUCCUUCCCCUGUUUUUGUCCUCAUUGGUGCUGUUCUUAGUUAUACGCUAAAAGUUAUCCGUGGGAAUGCUCUUCAAGUGGUAACUUUGCCAUCUCCACAUCAUCGAUGGUCUGUUUCAAACUCUUCAGUUGCUAAAGUGGAUUCUGUAAUGGGUCUAACAAAUGCAUUGAGACUAGGAGUAACAAAUGUCAUAGUUGAAGAUACAAGGGUUGCAGGCCACAUGCAAGUGUCAUCACUUAAUAUUGUCUUACCAGAUUCUCUAUGGUUAUACAUUGUGCCUCUGUCUGUGUCUGGUGAUUUUCUGGAAAGAGUUAAACCAAUACCAACCACAGCAAGGUGGUAUCUAAUUUCUGGCCAUCAGUAUCUCAUUCAAAUAAAGGUUUUCUCACAGGGACCAGAUGCACAAGAAAUCUAUAUAACAGAGAGCGAUGAUGUCAAGUUGUAUGAUAACUUGACUGACCACUGGAAAAUUUUUCCUGUAUCAGAUGAUAUUCUUGUCAAACAUGGCUCGCAUAACUCCAGAAUCCUGAAAGCAACUUCACAGGGAUUGGGAAAAUUGACAGCAUCUUUGAGUUACUUUAGCGAGCAUCAUGAGGUGGAGGUUCUCAAGGUUUUCCAUGAAGUAAUGGUUUGUGAUCAAGUGAAGUUUAGUUUUGACAAAAGAAGUGGUAUAUCACAAAGCAUUCUGCUCCCCUGGGCUCCUGGUGUUUAUCAGGAGAUUGAGCUAAAGGCUUCAGGAGGUUGUGGUAAAACAUCAAGCGACUACAAAUGGUUUUCCUCAGACAUGGCUAUAGUUUCUGUAUCUGCUUCUGGGGUUGUACAGGCUAAGAGGCCUGGUAAAGCUACUAUUAAAGUGCUAUCCAUUUAUGAUUCAUUCAAUUAUGAUGAGGUGGUAAUUGAAGUGUCCCUCCCAUUUUCUAUGGUCAUGCUACAUUACUUCCCUGUUGAGACUGUUGUAGGAUCGCAUCUUCAAGCUGCUAUAACAAUGAAAGCAUCAAAUGGUGCUUAUUUUUACAGAUGCGAUGCAUUUAGUUCCUUUGUGAAGUGGAAAGUAGGAAGUGAGUCCUUCAUUGUUGUCAAUGCAACGGGGAAGAUGCCUGUUUUGGACAUGCUAGGAAAUGCUGAGUUUCAUGGGCCUCCAUGUUCAUGGACAUAUGUAUAUGCUUCUCGUUCUGAUCGAGCUAUGCUACAUGCAACAUUUUCAAAAGAAUAUGGCCACUUUGAUAGCUCUUUUGAUGGACCUAUUUUGUUAAAAGCAUCUUCACACAUUGCAGCAUAUCCACCACUUAUUGUCCAACAGGCAGGUGAUGGAAACCAAUUUGGUGGUUAUUGGUUUGAUAUGGAUCAAGCAGAAGCUGAUAAUAAGGUGGAAAAUUUGGAAAAACUAUACCUUGUCCCUGGAACGUAUCUAGAUGUAUUGCUUCUUGGUGGACCUCAACGGUGGGAUAAAGGUGUUGAGUUCAACGAAAAGGUGGACAUUGUGGAGGACGAACAAGCUCACAUUAAAGAUGGAUUUCAUGUUCAUCAGUUAUCUGGUGGCUAUAGGAGUUUGUACAGAGUUUUGUGUCAAACACCUGGAAAUUUUAAAAUUGUUUUCAAGCGCGGUAAUUUGGUUGCGGAUGAUCAUCCUGUGCCUGUAAUAGCAGAAGUUUCAUUGUCUCUUACAUGUGAUGUUCCUUCCUCAAUUGUACUAAUAGCUGAUGAACCAGUAAAUGAACAUGAGGCCAUACAUACUGCAAUUCAAGCUGACCGUGCUUCAGGACAAAUUCGUGUCACUCCUAUAACUGUGGCAAAUGGACGCACCAUUCGAAUAGCUGCAGUAGGCAUUAGCAACACUGGAGAAGCAUUUGCAAACUCAUCUUCUCUUUAUUUGAAGUGGGAGCUUACUGGUUGUGAUGGGUUAGCUUAUUGGGAUGAUGAGCAUGAUUUGGAGAGGCCCAAAUACAGUUGGGAGAGAUUUUUGGGCUUGCAAAAUGAAUCAGGACAGUGUAUUGUCCGUGCUACUGUUAGUGGUUUCAGAGAUGCAGUUGGUGAUCAUGAUUUUGGUCAAUUGCUUGAGCAUUCGGAAAAUGUUCUUACUGAUGCAAUACGUUUACAGCUUGUUUCUACUCUAAGGGUCAGCCCAGAGUUCAAUUUGUUAAUUUUCAAUCCCAAUGCUAAGGCAAAUCUAUCAAUUACUGGUGGCAGCUGUUUCUUGGAAGCUUUCGUGAAUGAUUCUCAAGUAGUAGAAGUCGUUCAACCCCCAACAGGUUUACAGUGCUUACAACUAAUUCUGUCUCCUAAAGGACAGGGGACUGCACUUGUAACAGUUUAUGAUGUUGGGCUUGCUCCUCCGCUUGGAGCUUCUUCCGUGGUCCAAGUUUUAGAUGUGGACUGGAUUAAAAUUACAUCACUGUCAGAAGUAAGUCUCAUGGAAGGAAGCCUGCACACUAUUGAUCUAAUGGCUGGGGUAAAUGAUGGAAGUGCUUUUGAUGCUUCUCAGUUUGCUUACAUGAAUAUUCAAGUACAUAUUGAGGAUCAUAUAGUUGAGUUUGUAGACAAUGAUGGUAUCUCAAGACCUGGUGGUGGAUAUGUUAGCAAGCCAAAAUUUAAGAUUAGGGCUACACAUCUUGGGAUCACAACUUUUUAUGUCAGCGCUUUACAGCAAUCUGGGCAUGAAAUUUUAAGUGAACCAAUAAAAGUUGAAGUGUAUGCACCACCAAGAAUUUUCCCUCAAGAUAUUUUCCUUGUGCCAGGUGCAUCUUAUGUGCUUACUGUGAAAGGAGGCCCAACAUUUGGUUCAUAUGUCGAAUAUGCUACUAUGGAUGAUGUGAUUGCCAGUGUACAUAAAUCUACAGGACGUCUGUCUGCAGUUUCACCUGGGAACACAACUAUUGGUGUCAGAAUCUUUGGGAAUGGAGAUACUAUUAUUUGUGAAGCAUAUGGCAGUGUUAAAGUAGGUGUUCCUUCUUCAGCGGUAUUAAAUGUACAAAGUGAACAGCUUGGUGUUGGCCGUGAGAUGCAAAUAUAUCCUUUAUUUUCUGAGGGCAAUAUGUUUUCAUUUUACGAGCUUUGCAGAAACUACCAGUGGACUGUGGAAGAUGGAAAGGUAUUGAGUUUCCAUGACUCACAGCGCAUAAGUGUUGAAAAAUAUGAAGCUCAGUUGAAUGCUUCAGGAAACAGUCAAUUCGCUGGUUAUUAUUCGAGUGAGAAAGAGCUUGGUUUUGUCAAUGUCUUGUAUGGAAGAUCUGCAGGGAGGACAAAUGUUGGAGUCUCCUUCUCAUGUGAAUUUAUAUCUUCUGGUUAUAAUUCAGAGACAAAGUCUUACACUGCAUCAAUAUCAAUAUCGGUGGUACCUGAACUCCCUCUUGCUCUUGGAGUUCCAAUAACCUGGAUUCUUCCUCCCCAUUAUACUACAACCAGUCUUUUGCCGUAUUCUUCUGAAUCUUAUGGUCAUUUGGAUAGUCAAAGUCGCAAAGGAACCAUAAUUUACUCUUUGCUGAGAAAUUGUUAUGAGAAGAAAGAAGUUAUGGAAAAGGAUGUUAUUUCCAUCGAUAAAGAUAGAAUAAAGACAACAGAUAGUAACAGCAUUGCUUGUAUUCAGGCUAAAGAUCGUACCACAGGUAGAACCGAGAUUGCUGCUUGUGUCAAAGUUGUAGAGGUGGCUCAAAUAAGAAUUACGAAUGAGGAAUUUCCAUUCCAUGUAAUCAAUCUUGCUGUUGGUGCUGAACUUUCACUUCCCAUAACCUAUUGUGAUGCUCUAGGAAACCCCUUUUAUGAAGCAUAUGACGCCGCUCCCAUUGAUGUUGUGACUAACUAUCCUGAUGUUGUGUCCGUAGACUACAAACAUGAUAGCGGUGGGAAUAUCCAUAUUAAGGCAUUGCGGCAUGGUAGAGCACUGGUGCAAAUAUCAAUUGAUGAUAUUCCACAGAAAUCGGACUAUAUGCUGAUUUCAAUUGGUCCCCACAUACAUCCUGGAAACCCAGUUCUUCACAAGGGAAGUCCUUUUAACUUCAGUGUAGAAGGUUUAAAUGAUCAUGUGUCUGGCCAUUGGGUCACCGCCAAUCCAAAUGUACUAUCCAUUGAUAUUCUGUCAGGAACAGCUGAGGCAAUUGGGGAAGGUACAACCCAAGUAUACUUUGAAGGUUCAUCUUUGAAGCUGCAGACAACAGUUACUGUGUUAGGUGGGGAUAUUGUUUAUGUGGAUUCUCCAAAAGAGAUGCUAACAAACGUGCCUUUCCCUAAGAAGGGAUAUAGCUUUUCCGUGAAGUUGAGUAAUACUUCUGGCAAUAAGUUUGGAGCUCUUGGAAAUGCUAAAGGAAUCACGUAUGACUGUAGAGUGGACCCUCCUUUUGUAGGGUAUGCAAAGCCAUGGUCAGAUCGUGACACUGGUAAUUCAUAUUGCCUCUUUUUCCCUUACACACCAGAGCAUUUGGUUCGCUCAAUACCCAAGUCAAAGGGCAUAAAACCAGAUAUAUCUGUUUCCAUCCAUGCUUCUUUGCGAGAUGCCAAUCAUGUUUCAGGAUCUGCAUCUGCUCUUUUUAUUGGAGGGUUUUCCAUAUUGGAGUUUGACAAGGAUUCAAUGCAAUUGAAUCUGACUCCAGAGUCUAAUAAGACUCUCAUAACUAUCUUGGGAAAUACAGAUGUUGAGAUUAAUUGGAAUGCCCAGGAUUUGUUGGUCAGCUCCAUCGGUAAAAAAGAUCUUGGGGUUGGUGGCCGUGCACAGUAUGAGGUCAAAGCGUUGGGAAUGAAAAAACUCAAAGAUAAAAUCGUCAUCACUCUUCCAGCCAGUGGGCAGAGAGCGGAAAUAGAUGUCAACUAUGAACCUGGACAAAGAGAAGCAUCAAAGAUUAUGAUAAAUACUACCACCUUCUGGGCAGCUCUACUUGGGUGUCUUGCUCUGUUAAUACUAACGUUGGUGGCUUUCAUCUGUUUAUUGGACAGACCUGACAGAUCUCAGCCCUCCUUCAUUUCCCCUGCUACUCCAAGUAUUGCAGCACCAGUCACGCCUGAUCGUGGCAGUCCUACUGUUUCGUUCGAUCAGUCUCCUAGAACACCUCAGCCAUUCAUGGAUUAUGUAAGGAGAACGAUAGAUGAAACUCCAUACUACAAGAGAGAUGCUCGGAGGAGGAAAAUAUUCAUAGGGGGUUUAGCAAGAGAGACGACUUCUGCACAAUUCAUUAAGCAUUUUGGUAAAUACGGUGAGAUUAUCGAUUCGGUGAUAAUGAAGGAUAGAAAAACAGGGCAGCCCCGUGGAUUUGGGUUUGUGACUUAUUCAGACCCCUCUGUGGUUGAUAAAGUUAUUCUGGAUACACAUAUUAUCAAUGGCAAACAAGUGGAAAUCAAGCGGACAAUACCAAAGGGUGCUGGUGGUGGUGGUGGGUCUAAGGACUUCAAGACUAAGAAGAUUUUUGUGGGUGGAAUUCCUACAACAGUGAAUGAUGAUGAGUUUCGGGAAUUCUUUUCACAGUUUGGAGAGGUAAAGGAGCAUCAGAUCAUGCGGGACCAUUCAACCAGUCGUUCUCGUGGCUUUGGAUUUGUCACCUUCGAUACAGAGCAAGAAGUUGAUGAACUCUUGUCGAAGGGGAAUAAAAUUGAGUUGGCUGGAGCUCAGGUGGAAAUCAAGAAGGCUGAACCAAAGAAGUCAAACCAACCUGCGCCCUCAUCAAAGCGUUACAAUGAUUCUAGACCUGCAUUUGCUGGUGGUUUUGGGGAUACUUAUGGUGGAUUUGGUGGUGGUGGUUUUGGUGGUGGUGGUGGUGGUGGUGGUGGUUAUAGGUCUGCUGGUGCCUAUAGUGGUAGAGCUGGUGCUUAUGGUGGAUAUAGUGGAAGUGAAUUUGGUGGCUAUGGAGUAUAUGGUGGUGGUGGUGGCGGCUUUAGCACCUAUAGGGGAGAGCCUUCUGUAGGAUACUCAGGACGUUAUGGAGGAGGAGCCUUUAGUAGAGGUUACGAUUUAGGAGGUGGUUACGGUGGACCUAGUGAGAAUUAUGGGGGAUAUGGUGGUGGUGCUGGUAGUGUAUCCGGUGGUUAUGGAAGCAGCUACGAUGCAGGCCUUGGAGGUGGUUAUGGAGGUGGAGGUGGCUAUGGAGGUGGAGGUGGCUAUGGAGGUGGUGGUGGUGCAGGCUCCUUUUAUGGAAGUAGAGGAGGAUAUGGUGGUGGAGGCAGUGGUCGAUAUCAUCCCUAUGGAAGAUGACACUCUUUUUGGGAUGAAAAAAUUGUAGCUACUACAUGAGGUUGUUUCAAUCUGUAGCAUUGAGCUUUUUAUUUUACUAAAAGUCUUUAACGAAGUUAUUGUUUACAAUGUAUUUGGUGUUCUCUUCAAUUGAAGGUUUACUAGUCCACUUACCGUAACCAUAAGAAGACUACAGGAUCCAAGAUCUGGUUUUUGUUUGCCUGACACUUGAUUUUGUAGUUCAUGCGCUACUUAAUGCACAUGUUUGUAUUCUCUCGUUC